AUGAUGAGUCCUAACGACGACAUUCCGCCUACCGACAUUCCGGCAGAAAUGUAUCCUGUCCCGCGUUCGUAUGGGUGCUGCUGCAGGCAGCUGCAUUGCAACCCCUGCUAUGGCUAUGGAGCCGCCGUAAUGCCCAUGUCCUACAUGCCCGUGCCCAUAUCCUACAUGCCCAUGGUAUGUUCUCCUUAUACCACGGUCUGCAACACUCCAAUGCCCCUACCUGUGGAUUAUGCCUCUUGCCGGGAGUGUGAUAAUAUGAUAGCCGAAAAUGAAAUGCAAGACAUGCUGCGAAAUGAGGAGGUUCGUCGAACUACAGAGUCAAUUGAUCGUAAGAGCACUUGGAGAACCAACACCGGCACUCUCAACACAGUCAGUGACUUUGAAGAGACCCAGUGGAUGCCGCUGGAUGAGAGCUCGGUUUUUCAAAACCAUGAGCUCAUGUUCAGGCGUGAUUCCUCCUUCCAGAAGAGUGUGGAGCUACCAAAUGGUAUCAUCGUCAGUCUUAAUGUCGAUAAACCUCAGGACACAAUGCUUAAGAAUGGCCAAGAAACGCAAAGUCCAGGGCAGACCUUACGACUUCACAUUUACGGUAGAGUCAGACAGUGGAGGAAGUUGGAGAAGAUACCCGAAGAGAUUCCUUUCGAAGAGGUAAGUCCGGCUAAUUUGAUGUAG